AUGGAGGCGGCCUUCGACGCCUACUUCCGCGCCGCGGAUCUGGACCGCGACGGCCGGAUCAGCGGCCAGGAGGCCGUCGCCUUCUUCAAGGGCUCCGGCCUGCCCCAGCCCGUCCUCGCACAGAUUUGGACUUAUGCUGAUAGAAACCGGUCUGGUUUUCUUGGGCGCGAAGACUUCUUCAAUUCACUCAAACUCGUCACAGUAGCUCAGAGCGGCCGAGAAUUGACACCUGAUAUUGUUAAAUCAGCAUUAUUUGGACCAGCUGCUGCGAAAAUCCCUGCUCCUCGGAUAAAUGUUUCUACAGCUGCUCCUCAGACAAAUAGUGUAGCUAGCCUCCCGAAUGCCACUCAAGCACCACGUCCUGUUCAGCAGAGUCCUGCAUCAGGUCCUGUUCAACAGAAUAAUCCUGCCAUAAGAGGAACACAAGGGCUUCCUGGUGCAUCGCCAAAUCCACAAGUCAGGCCACCACAACCUCCAAAUGCAAACACUGUGCUCCCUGCUCAUGGUCAGGGAGUUGCUUCAAGGCCACCCAUGGGAAGUGGUCCCACUGGGCUAAACCAUACUAGUUCAACCACAUCAAGUCUAGCAACUGAUUGGUUCAGUGGUAAGAAAAGUGCAAGUCCGUUGGGUGCAACUUCACAAGCUCCAACCAGAGGUAUUUCUCCGCAGGCCAACCUUAGCAGUGCAGGGAUCUCAGCGCAGAAUUCAACUCCUGUACCAGGCUACAAUUCUCACACGCCAGGUGGUACAACACCUGUCAAUGCAAAUUCGACAAAUUUGAACCUGAUGUCUUCCCAACCAUCAGUUAAUGACUCCAAGGCGUUGGUGCCCUUGGGUAAUGGAUUGUCAUCGAACUCAACUUUUGGUGCUGACCCUUUCUCUGCAACUUCACAACCGAAACAGGGUUCACCUUUGCCCCCCAAUGUUCCAAAUAAUCUGCCAAGCUCGACACCUCCUGCCUCAUCUGCUGGACAUCAUCACCCUCCUAAGCCAAUGCAGGCUGGUCCUGUGCAGGGUAUAUCCUCCCUUUCUUCUCAUACUAGCCAGUUGCCACACAGUCAGCCGGCUCCGAGGCAACAACAAUUUAAUGCUACACCAAGUGCUCCAGGACCAGUGAGUUCAAAUAUUCCCAGUGGACAAAUUCCUUCAAACCCAAGCCAAUCUCAGGCCCCAUGGCCGAAAAUCACUCAAGUAGAUGUCAGAAAAUAUAUGAUUGUAUUUAUCAAGGUAGAUAGGGAUCGUGAUGGGAAAAUCACUGGUGAAGAGGCAAGGAAUCUAUUUUUAAGUUGGAGGCUGCCAAGAGAUAUCUUAAGGAAGGUGUGGGAUUUGUCCGACCAGGAUAAGGAUGGGAUGCUAUCUUUCAAGGAAUUUUGUAUUGCUGUGUACUUAAUGGAGAGACACCGAGAGCAUCGUCCUCUUCCUGACACAGUAACGGAUGCUAUUUGGGCUGAGGGCACCGCACUACCCUCUACUGGCCAGUUUGCCGAAAAUCUUAGUGCCCCUGCUCCUCAAGCAAGUGCAGGAUACGCAAGUAGAACAAUGCAAGGACCACAUCAUGGGAUGCUUCCCUCAUCAAUGAAGCCACCAUCUCGAAGGCCUGUUCCUUUAGAUGCUGAUGAUACUGUUAAGGCAGAGCAACAAAAGCCAAAGGUUCCUGUCUUGGAGGAACAUCUAGUUGGCCAGCUGAGCAAGGAGGAACAAGAUAAUCUGGAUGCAAAGUUUAAGGAAGCUUCAGACGCUGAUAAGAAAGUCCAAGAGUUGGAGAAGGAGAUCCUUGAUUCUAGAGAGAAGACUGAGUUUUAUCGCACGAAGAUGCAGGAGCUUAUUCUCUACAAAAGUAGGUGUGAGAAUAGGUUUAAUGAAGUCUCAGAAAGUAUGUCUGCUGAUAAACGUGAGGUCCAAUCCCUUUCUGCAAAAUAUGAUGAGAGAUGCAAGAAGGUUGGAGAUGUGGCAUCAAAGCUAACAAUGGAUGAGGCUACUUUCCGUGAGAUCCAGGAGAAGAAGUUGGAAAUUUAUAACGCCAUAGUUAAGCUGCAAAAAGGGGAUGAAAGUGAUGAGAAGCUUCAGGAGCGGGCUAAUAAGAUACAGUCAGAUCUUGAGGAGCUUGUGAAAUCUUUGAAUGAGCAAUGCAAGAGAUAUGGGUUGAGAGCUAAGCCAACUACUUUAGUGGAGCUUCCUUUUGGUUGGCAACCUGGAAUUCAAGAGACAGCUUAUGCAUGGGAUGAAGAAUGGGAUAGAUUUGGAGAUGAAGGAUUCUCUUUAAUAAAAGAACUAACAGUUGAAGUGGAGCCUCCCAUUGCACCAAAGAGUCAGCCUACUGAAGAUGUUAAAGCAUCUAUAAAUGGGGCAUCAACAGAAAAAGAAGACAACAAGGGUGACAAAUCUGCUGCUGCUCUGCGGAGCAGGCAGUGGAACCUGAAACAACACCAUCGAAUAUCAAACCAGAGUCAGCAAAAAGCCCUCCACAACCGUGGAGCAAUGGAUUCCCCUACUCAUGGAGAUAAAACCCAUGAUGGACACUCAUGGGGCCCAUCUUUUGAUCAUGCCAUGGAUAAUGACUCUCUAUGGAACUUUGGUCAUAAGGAUGGUGAGAAUGGUGAUUCAGAUCUCUUCUUUGGGCCACAAGGUCUUCCCCCGAUAAGAACCGGAGGUUCCUCAUCUGGUAGUUCAUUUGUCAAGGAACAGAAGCCGUUCUUUGAUUCUGUUCCUGGUACUCCAAUGGAGAAACCUUUCUUUGAUUCCAUCCCAGGCACGCCAGUUCAGAAAUCCGUCUUUGAUUCCAUCCCAGGCACACCAGUUCAGAAAUCCGUCUUUGAUUACUCUGUCCCUAGCACGCCGAUGCAGAACUCAAGCUUUGAUUAUUCUGUCCCAAGCACGCCAAUGCAGAAGUCACUCUUUGAUUCCAUUCCUGGUACACCGGUUCAGAGAUCAGUAUUUGAUUCUGUUCCGAGUACGCCAAUGCAGAGAUCGGUUUUUGAUUCUGUUCCGAGCACACCGACACAGAAGCCAUUCUUUGACUCUUUUCCAAGCACUCCAAUGCAGAGAUCACUGUUUGAUUCUGUGCCAAGCAGAGCAGAAUCUCCUACUGCCAGCAGCAUGUAUGGCAAAGAGCAAAAGGGAUUCUUUGAUUCUUCAGUCCCGAGUACCCCAAUGUACAACUCAAGCUUCACGCCAAGGUACAGCGAAGCAGGAGAUGAUUCAUUCGACACCAUGUCUCAAUACAGCUCAUUUGGCAUGCACGAGAACAAUUCCUUUGGACAGCGCGACAGCUUCUCGAGAUUCGAUUCCUUCACGAGCAAUGCUGACAACGGUGGCAAUGACACCUUUGCGAGGUUCGAUUCCUUCCGCAGCACUUCAGAUCAGGGUGGGGGCAACAGCUUCAUGAGGUACGAUUCCAUGAACAGCAGCAGCGACCAUGACAGAGGUGACCCGUUUGCGAGGUUUGAUUCGAUGAAGAGCAGUGACUACAACAGCCGGGCUACUCAUUCGACGACGAGGACCCCUUUGGAACUGGGCCGUUUAAAUCGACAGAGACCACGAGCAGCAGCCCGACAAAACAUGGGACGGACACAUGGAGCGCGUUUUGACAGGAGGCAGGUUCUCCAAAAUUUUCUGGGCAAUGUACAGACAGACAAUGUGGCUGAGAAGUCGGGACCUGCUUAUGGGUUACUACUUACUGCAAUACAUUGUGAGGUCCUCUUGUCUCGUGCGCGUCCAUCUCCCCUUCUCCCCCGCGACGCCAAGUCGCUCUUCUCUUCUGAACCCCCCACCCUAGACAGUGGAGGCCGGAGGAGAUGA